CACUCAAGCAACAUGCAGCUGAUCCUCCUCGUCUGCCUGGCCGGCCUCGUGGCCGCCUCCCCAAUGCCCCAGUCGCAGAACCGCCACCCCGAAUACGACGCCGAAAUCCUGGUGGACGAGCGCGAGGACCGCGGCGACGGCAACUUCAGGUACCGCUUCGAGACCAGCAACGGUAUCAGGACUGAGAAGGUUGGCACUCCAGGCUCUCAGGGUCAGAGCAACAUGCAGGGAGCCUUCAGCUUCCCCUUCCCCGAAGGAGGAGUCGCCGAGUUCACUUACGUCGCCGACGAGAACGGCUACCAGCCUUCCUCCGACCUCCUGCCCGUCCCCCCUCCUCUCCCCCCUCACGUCUACAGACUCCUCGAGAUCGCCGAGCAACAGAGGGCUCAGGGAAUUACUUUUGAGAAGAAGUAAUAAACGUCAUUUUACCAAUAUUCAUCGUCAUCACUAAAACAGAAUAUACAGUUAUGCAUUACAUUAAUAGAAAAUGUACAUAGUGUAUGUGUGGAUAUUCGUGGACUGUAUAGGCAGCAUGUUUAAUAAAUGAGUUGCAUGAU